CCUCAUCCCUUGCCGUAUCUAGCAGAAACCAAGCAUAUGAACUAUGACAUUCCGAUGGAGGUUUGGAUCAAACCCGCAGGGGAGCAGCAACUGUCUCUCGUCACAAAGAGUAACUUCAAUCAUAUAUAUUGGACAAUAACGCAACAGCUAGCACAUCACACUGUCAAUGGAUGCAACUUAAGGCCUGGUGAUCUGCUGGGAACUGGGACUAUCAGUGGACCUGAUCCAGAAUCAUUUGGAUGCUUCACAGAGCUUUCGCGGAAUGGUCAAAAGCCACUUACCUUAACUAACGGUUCAGAACGUAAAUUCUUAGAAGAUGGUGAUGAAGUCAUUCUGACUGCAUGUUGCAAGGGUAAAGGCUACAAUGUAGGUUUUGGAACAUGUACCGGAAAAGUCCUACCGGCCACUCCGUAAGAUAAACAUGAUAGAAUUCUAGUUUCAUGUACCUUUCAGAGUUCGCGGUACUUGGAAGUUUGUUGUAUCAACAGACCAGAAAUAAAACGCACGUUAUGUUACUGCUUUUAGUCUAUUUGGAUGAGAGGUGAUUAGAACGGUGAUAUGAUAAUGAUGGUGUAAUAGGCUAGCCACUGUGGUUUGGAGUUGAUCUUUCCAAAGAGAGUAAAUUUGAGGUUUCAAA